CUAGUCCGGGUCUAUCCGCGUGACCUCUGAAUGCUACUUAGUAUAUUUGAGGGUCGUGUGAGCACUUGUUCCUCGUCUCCCUUUCAACACCCAACCUCUCUCUGCAAGCAUAUAAAAGUGUAUCAUGGUGUCUGUCGUUCCCAGAUCCUUCUCUAUGCCUUCUCCGACUGCCAAGCAGGAGCUGCAGCUGAAUGAGUUGGGCAGCCUUACCGAUGCUGUGGAGCCAUUCGCAAGGCUCCUAAGCCAGACUGGUCGUUCCGUGAGGCUGCAUUGUUCUGUGCCCAUGUGGUCAUCUCCUUCUGAUACAUGCCUUGAUUUACACGACCUUCACGACUUACGCUCACGAGUUCUUCUUUUCGUUCAUGAUCUCUUAGAGUCUUUGCAUUCAGCGGGGAUUUCCGCAUCCUAUCGACUUGCUCCCUCAAACUCUUCUCUCUGUUUCAUCUGUGCAUUGCCGACUGAGCUCAGUGCCCCAAAGGUGAGGUCAGCUGCAGUCGAAAUUCUGCAGAAUGCGAAUAUACAUGCAAGGGAGAAGGUUUUAUUGGCUGACCUGGAGUGCGGCCCCGCAUUGAUCAUUUCCUAAUCCCUGUAACUUUUAUGAGAACAUCAAAACAUCGUAUAAUAUACAUCUACACCCUUUGCAUUGUUAUCUGUACCAUUAAAUGAAGCAAUCUCAUAUUUUGCAACAAUCU